AGGAGCGGCUUAUAGCCAGGUUUCGGUGUAAGACCGGUGGAUCACGCCAUGUUGGUGUUCAAAACGUUCUGUUCGGCUUGCAGGAAAACGAAAAUGACGUUCUCGCCGUGGGGAAAGUUUGGCUUUCCCUCACGUAUGGGGAAUCGAAUUUCCGCAAAAGAGUGACAAUUGCUUAGACGACCAACUCGCCAUACUCAGCUUCACGGGAUACAUCGAAUCUGACUGGGGCUUACACUUACACAGUGGCUGCCCUACCUAACGACGACUCAACACUCACUCAUCACUGUUCACUUACUGGGACUUUGUCCAUUCACCGAGUCGAACCCAGAACAUCAUGUCAGACACCAAGCAAGCUGUGGCCUUCAUCGGCCUCGGGGCCAUGGGCUUCGGCAUGGCCACUCACCUCAUCAAGCAAGGCUACCCUGUAACCGGCUUUGACGUCUGGCCGCCAACCCUAGAGAAGUUCACCUCCGCCGGCGGUCUCACAGCGUCCACACCAGCAUCCGCCGUGGCCGACAAGGCACUCUGUGUCUGCAUGGUAGCCACUGCGCAACAAGCCCAAUCUGUGCUUAUCGACGGGCCGGACGCCGCCGCUCCAGCUCUGCCCCAAGGGGCGGUCCUCCUCCUCUGCUCCACCGUCCCCUGUGACUAUGUUCAAUCUCUUGCAAAGCAGCUCUCCGCCAUUGGCCGUCCGGACAUCCAUCUGAUCGACUGCCCUGUCUCUGGCGGUGCCGCCCGCGCCGCCGACGGUACCCUUUCCAUCAUGGCGGGCGUGCCGUCUGAAAAGGCCCUGGGCAAAUCCAAGCCGCUCCUGGAAGAGCUUGCCGAUCCAGCCAAGUUGUACAUUGUCCAGGGCGGCAUCGGCGCCGGCAGCAACAUGAAAAUGGUGCACCAGGUGCUUGCGGCUGUGCAAAUUCUCGCAGCGAGCGAGGCCAUGGGGUUGGCCACUCAUUUGGGACUGGAUCUGGCAAGAACGAACGAGGCCGUGCUCAAAUCGGACGCAUGGAACUGGAUGUUUGAACACCGGACGCCGAGGAUGUUGACGGGCUAUCAGCCCAUUGCGAGUGCGACAGUAAUUAUCGUCAAGGACACAAGCAUCAUCACUGCCGAGGCCAGGAGGAGCGGAUUCCCCACGCUGAUGACGAGCGUGGCCGAGCAGGUGUAUUUUUCUGCCGUAGGAAGGGGGUACGGGGCAGACGACGACAGUGGGCUGGUAAGGCUGUAUGCAGAAGGCAAGGGCAAGGUUGGACCGGUUCAAGGAACUGCUGCGAGUGGCGAGGAGAAGCUAGCAAUGGUGAUCGGACUCUUGAAGGGGAUAUUGCUCUGCUCGGCGGCGGAGGCCCUGGCUUUCGCGGAUAAGGUUGGGCUGGACCUCGAUCAGGUGUUUGAUCUGUGUAUCAACGCGGCCGGAGGAAGUCAGAUGCUGAAGAAGUAUGGGCCCAGUAUCAUCAAGGCUUUCCGGGAGGGCACGGCGAGGCAGGGAUGGGCUGCUGCCGAAAGCGAGACGAGUCUCAAGGAGAUUGCCGAUGGUCUUUCUGCGGCUGUUGAGGAGGCUCAAAGACUCAAGGCGCCCGUUUUCUUGGGCAGCCAGGCGUUGAAUGUCGUCCGGGUUGCGCUGCAGUCGAGCCCAGAUGGCGUUGCGGCGGGGGCUGUUGUGAAGGUGUGGAACUCGACAAGCGGUUAAGGCAGAGAGUUUGCUUGUCGGUUGUACCCAAUUAUCGUAGUAAAGUCGAAACGUGUUGCUCCAACUGCCCGGUUUGUGACUAUCAAAGCCGGUCGUCGUCAUCAACCUUCCUGUCUUCAGCCCCGUCUCGCUUCUUCUCCUGCGCUCUGUAAGGCCAAUCCUUCGUGUUCGUAUCCUAAUAUCGAUGGCCACAAGUUGUUCAUGUUCGCCCUUCUCAGCCG